GGAAGUGUCGCGAGCCGCCGCGCUCUGACCGAUCGGCUGAGCUCGGUUCGGCCCCUUCCCACCUCCAGCCUCUACUCUGCGCCCCGGCCUGCGGGCCCUCCCGCUUGCUUCCGCCGCCCGUGCCUCCCGGAGGGUCUGGGUCGGCGAUGGCGGGGCGCGCGAGUCGCCAGGGCUUCGAGAAGGGCGGGGAGUUGUUUUGAUCUUCCUUCAGCUGCAUGCAGCCCCAAGCGCCGCCCCUGGAUGUCGCUCGGCAGGGCGAGCUGUGGAGGCACUGCCCGGGCCCGGCGCCCCCGGCUCGGCCAUGUGGUGUGCGUGGUGGAUGGAGUGGUCCCCUGCUGGAGCCUCGCUCUCUUCCUCCGCGGAGGCGGGCCCUGGGGCGGUCGUCGCGGUUAGCCGCCUGCGCGGAGGCGAGGGGCAGUGAGCGUCUGUGUUGCGGCCCGCUCCCGCCGCGGGCUCCCGGGGGCCUACCCCUGUGACUGAACAAUGGGGAGCCCGGGAUGCGGCAUGGCCGGCGGGCGCGGCGGGUGGAGAGGACUGGCCGGCCGGACAGGGGCAGCAGCGGCACGCUGUCCCUCUGGCGGAUGUCCCCAUCCCCCGCCCCUCCUAGCCCUGUUCUUGGAGAGGGAUGGCCCCCCUCGGCUAGGCCCUGAGAUCCAGACGGGGGCCCAAGGGGCGGGGCGCCGACUUUCGGGACCUUUCUGUGGGAAAGGGCUGCUCUCAAAGUGGAUUAUCCCAACCACCCCGGGGGCGGGAAGCGGGGAUCCUCCCCUGACCGCAAAUCCGUGAAGAAGACCAUGAACGAAGGUGACGACCUGGAGUCUCGGUCCUCGGGGUCCCCCUCCAACUGCUUCGGCUUCGUCGCCUACUCAGUGAACGCCAGAGAGAAACUGCGAGUCAAGAUCGAGACGUUGACCUACCAGCCUUCGCAUUCCAGCUCGUCCCGGUCCGAUCCCUACCGCUCUCCAACUCCCUCUCCCUCUCCGUCUCCCUCGCCCAGAAACCUCCGGUGCCUGGACCAGCGAGAGCCGGAGACCCACGAGAGGCGCGAACGCCACUCGGAAAGGAGAAAGGCUAAGGAGGGCAUCGAUACCGUUGACCUUAUGUGGCUGGGAACACCUUCCACCAUGGCCACCUCGGCGAGCUCCCACUUGAACAAAGGCAUCAAGCAGGUGUACAUGUCCCUGCCUCAGGGUGAGAAAGUCCAAGCUAUGUAUAUCUGGAUUGAUGGUACUGGAGAAGGACUGCGCUGCAAGACCCGGACCCUGGACUGUGAGCCCAAGUGUAUAGAAGAGUUGCCGGAGUGGAAUUUUGAUGGCUCUAGUACUUUUCAAUCCGAAGGCUCCAACAGUGACAUGUAUCUCGUCCCUGCUGCCAUGUUUCGGGACCCUUUCCGCAAGGACCCCAACAAGCUGGUGUUCUGUGAAGUCUUCAAGUACAACCGAAAGCCUGCAGAGACCAAUUUAAGGCACACCUGUAAACGGAUAAUGGACAUGGUGAGCAACCAGCGCCCCUGGUUUGGAAUGGAGCAGGAAUAUACUCUCAUGGGCACAGAUGGGCAUCCCUUUGGCUGGCCUUCCAACGGCUUCCCUGGGCCCCAAGGUCCCUACUACUGUGGUGUGGGAGCAGACAAAGCCUAUGGCAGGGAUAUCGUGGAGGCUCACUACCGGGCCUGCUUGUAUGCCGGCAUCAAGAUCGGGGGCACAAAUGCCGAGGUCAUGCCUGCCCAGUGGGAAUUCCAGAUAGGGCCCUGUGAAGGAAUCGACAUGGGAGAUCAUCUCUGGGUGGCCCGCUUCAUCUUGCAUCGUGUGUGUGAAGACUUCGGAGUGAUUGCCACCUUUGAUCCUAAGCCCAUUCCUGGGAACUGGAAUGGUGCCGGCUGCCACACCAACUUCAGCACCAAGGCCAUGCGAGAGGAGAAUGGUCUGAAGUACAUUGAGGAGGCCAUCGAGAAACUAAGCAAGCGACACCAGUACCACAUCCGAGCCUACGAUCCCAAGGGGGGCCUGGACAACGCCCGGCGCCUAACUGGAUUCCACGAAACCUCCAACAUCAACGACUUCUCUGCCGGUGUGGCCAACCGUGGCGCUAGCAUCCGCAUUCCCCGGACUGUCGGCCAGGAGAAGAAGGGUUACUUUGAAGACCGUCGCCCCUCUGCCAACUGUGACCCCUUUGCGGUGACAGAAGCCCUCAUCCGCACGUGUCUUCUCAACGAAACUGGCGACGAGCCCUUCCAGUACAAAAACUAAGUGGACUAGACUUGCAGCCGUCAAAACCCCUCCUAAUCCUACAUCCUGCUGCCACUCUCGCCCCUCUCACCUGUUAUAAUAGCUGUUAACUCAAAGGGCAGGAUGUCAACGUCUUUUUUUAUUCCUCACUCUUGCUUUCUUUGGCCAGGAUAGAGGGGUCAAGUUCUUAAUCUCUUCACACCCACCUACCCCCCCACCAUUUUUUUUCCUAUCACUGAAGCUUUCUAGUGCGUUAGUCGGGGUGGGGUUGGGGAAACAUAACCACUGCUUCCAUUUAAUCAGGUGUGUUUGUCCAAUAGGCAUAGCUAUCCGGACAGAGAGCAUAGUAUUUGUGAAGGGAGGGGGAGGACUUUCUCUGCAUGGUAGCUGAGUGGGGGGCAGGGGGCUUGAUUCUGUGGUAAGGUUAGGAUUUCCCUUUCUUGGUGAGAAAUUCCAUUACUUAUAAGGUUAGAACCAACUUUCUAUUAAAAGUGAGAAUUAGGGGAGAAGGAGUGGUGGGAAAUCAGGUAGGAAAAUGCCCUAGAUCUCCUAGUGUGGUGCUUCCCUUGCCUGGGGCUGAAUGCCCUGACAAGCUCAGCAUAAAUGGAUGGAUAGCCCUACCUUAAAAGAAAGAGUUCCAUGUUGUUUGGUCCUCCAUUUAUAACACAAAGCAGAGUAGUAUUUUUAUAUUUAAAUGUAAAAACAAAAAAAUUAUAUAUACGGGUGUGCAGAUAAAUGUGUGUUUUCUCCUUAGCAAGUAAAAACCAUUCUGGUCACGGGGAGCCAAAUUUGAGUUGAGUAGUCUGGUCUCCUUUUGCGGGGGGGAGGGGGGUGCUUGACAAGUUGGCUACUGGGCUCUCAUCCCCUCACUACCACUUCAGGGCUUCUCUGCCCUGCUCACCCUUCUGGGGAGGCUGGCACGGGUUGGCUGUGUCAGCCCGCGGGAGCAGCAGCAGUCACCUGAGCCCUGGGGCUUUGGUUCAAAAGACACACACGUACUUGUACACACAGGGGUUUGGAAAUAUGAGUUGGCUGGUCAACUUGAGCAUGUUACUGACAAGGGGGGUUGGGGGUUAUUUUCUGGUGGGACUAGCAUGUCACUAAAGCAGGCCUUUUGAUAUAUUAAAAAAAAAUUUUUUUUAAAGCAAAACAAGUUUAGAUUUUAAUCGUAUUUGUAGGGUUUCUAAGCCUUUGUUUUACAGAAUUGCUUGUUUGCUUCAGCUGUCUCCUUCCCAUGUCUGCCGUUGGAGGAGAUGAGGACAGGUCUGGAGUCAAAAUACUUGUAAUUUUGUGUCCUGGUGUCUAUUCUCUGAGUGUGAAAUAUUCCCUUCCUUUGUUUAGAUUCCUGAGGAGUUUUUUUUUUUUUUUCUUUUAUAAUAAAAACAAACCCCACCUUUGUCCCUACGUCUCCCCUACUGUUUCUGGCUGUUUCUGUGUUGGCUGCAGCAGGCAGGCUAUGGUUUUUUCUUACCAUGACAACUUCUAAUUGCCAUGUACAUACAGUAUGUUCAGAGUUAGAUAACUACUCAUUGUAAACAAACUGUGUUAACUGCCCAGAGCAGCUCUUAUAAAUCAACCUAACAUUUAUAAGA